GAUAGGACAGUGUUGCUUAAUUGACAGAUACAAGGCCUAAUCACUAGGAGGUAGGUGGUCAGUUUAAAUGACAACUGUGAUCGGUGGUUUCCGCUGUCAAUUACAUAAAAUAACCAAUAGAAUGCUUACAUGGAUAUAACCUAUUCUAUAUUCAGAAUGUAAUUGGCCCAAACUUUUUUGCCAUUCGAGUCGCUUCCCGCAGCAGAAAGCCAACAAGGUGGAAACUUUCAGAAAGUUGUCAGUAAACGUGUAGCCUGAUGACCAUCAGGUGAUUUCUUUGGUGUUCAGUCAUGUGCCAACCAGCUCCUGUGAAACACACCAACAGAGAUGAGUAAAGACUAUGGUCAUAUGGAAAUGGACUUGGUCCUUGGAACAGCCAAACCCUAUGGGUCUUCAAGGAGUAUCGUAAGGAGAAUAGCUACAAAUCUUCCUCUUAAUCCCUGCCCCAGGAUUCAUUUUCAGCUGUAUCCGUACACUGAAAGUGCUGGUAUCCUGAUUGGCUCCAGGAGACAGAACUUUGAAGUUGCCUCUCUGGCUGAUAUCAGCUGGAUCGACGAAGAAGAGGAUGACGACGAGGAGGAUGUAGGUUACUCCAGCCGAAAUAGGAGAUCGGGAAUUUCCUCUGGACUUGUGUUCCGAGCCCGUCAGCCACACCCUCAGAAAAAAACUCUAACUCGCCGGAGGUCACUGCCAAGCCUGCACCAGGAGGCUCAGGACCCCCAGGGUCCAUCAGCUGCCAACGAUGAGGCCAUUCAGAAGAUCAGUGCACUGGAGACAGAACUAGCCAAACUCAGAGAUCAGAUAGCACAGAUCGUGUUGGCUCAGGAGAAGAGCACGCAGCCAGCAGGACCACCUCCUCCUCCACUUCCUCCAGCACCCUCUGGUACCCUUCCUGCCCCUCCUCUACCACCUCCUCCUCCUCCUCCUCCACCACCACUACCACUGCCCUCAAAUCUUCAGCGGACAUUUUCAGCUAUAGAUUUAAUUAAGGAGCGAAAAGGGAAGAAGGCACAGGGACAGACGGUGGUGGAGUCAAAGGCAGCAGAAAUCCCCAACAUGCUCGAUGUCUUGAAGGACAUGAAGAAAGUCAAAUUAAGAUCGGUCAAAAGUCGUCCUGUGGAAAACGACACCAAAAUUAAGCCUGGCGAGCAGCCAGAUGCAGCGUCUCUCAUCGCAGAAGCCCUGAAACGCAAAUUUGCUCAUCGGUACCGACACGACAGUGGACAGGAAGAAAGAGAAGAAUUCAAACUCCCCAUUCCAGAAGUGAAGCCUCAAAGUGAAACUCUUUUGUUUGGGCAGCACAUGUUGAGAUCAACUGGAAAAAACAAGUUGCUCUGAAGAGUUGCUGUCUCUGGAACCUUUUCUUAGAGCCUUGUCAACAACUUCUUCUUCAGACGUCUCCUUGUAAAGAUAAGGGACUACAUCCGACUACAUCCAUCUGUAACCGCCGUCUCAUCCAGUCAUCCAUGUGUUUUUUGCACCUUGAUAACGUACGUUGGCUUCUUCUUUUAGGAAUCAAACGUUGACUUGUUUAACUGAAUGUUUUGCUAUCACACCAACACACACACACACACACUAAACCAACACUAUGGAGCAUUUUAAAUUAGUUCAGUCUUUUGUCCUUUGUAUCCGUAUUAAACUUUUUGCACGUCAUCGACGGUCAGCUUCACAUUCCUGUUUUUAUUGUUCAGUGAAUUUUGAUGAUUUUUCCAACCACGGGGAAAGCGAGCACUUUCUCACUCGUGGGAUUAUGUUGUCUUGUUUAUAACUGAUGCAGAUUUAUGGACUAAUUUAUGACAGAAUCCACUUAUUUAUGUUGUGGUUAAAGUAAAGCUUUUUAUUUCUAACAAUUAAUUUUGCCUUUGAUUAUUGCAUUACGUUUUGUGUAUGUCUUUGCCUAGAUGUAAUUUUUUGUUUGUUUGCAGGUUUAAAUACUUUGUUCAGUUUUAGACCGCCAUGUUGGACAUUUUCACAUUCCCAUUUGAAUUUCCUUUCCAAAGUGAUAACUGUUAAACAAAGGUCAGGGUUUGGUUUAUUGACACUACAGGGAGAUAUUCAGUGUUCGGUUUCUUUAUCAGUACCUCAUGAUAAGACUGACCUCUUAUUGCAAAACACUUGAAGCAACAUUUAGCAUAAUGUGUGUUAACUCACAUCUUCAGUUCUUUUUAAAUAGAACCCAUUAAAAAAAAUAAACACUUUUCUUUGUUUUCCAAAGGAUUAAACCCCCAGUGUUCGUGUCAGUAAUGAUCAGAUUAGCAUAGCCACACGACACGAGUCACAUCAGCUGUUACUGUUCACAGAAGUAUUUUCUUCCUUAUUGACUGAUUGCACAUUUUUACUUCUACUCACGUCAGUGAAGUGGCUGCUUUAAAUCAACUCACUCAUUAGUCAACAAGGGGAAGGUGGACUAUGUGUCUGCUGACUUUCACCAAUGUACGCAUGUUGUUUUAAAGUUUGUAAAAGACGUGUCUACCAUGAAAAUGUACUUGAAUUGUCAAGUUUGAAUAAAAGUUAAUGGUCAGUUCUUACUCGCUGUGAAA